UUACUUGAUGCUACUCUACUGUGCUGCAUAACAGGUAGAGUUGUUAAAUUCAGAUGCAGAAUUAAGACUGCUAGAGGUCUUCUGCCACAAAAUUUAGAAGGUAUUGGUUUCAAUCCUUUGACAUUUGCUUUAUUUUAUACUUCUUAACUAGGUCCUUUUAUAUUGUUGCCAGAAAUAUUUGCCUCUGGAAAAGUCCUAGUCGUUAUGACAUAAGCUCAGAAACUGUUGAAGUCGACAAAUAAUAUAAAUAGUUUACUGAUAUAUUUGUUUGUAGGCAUCGUCUUUGUCUGCAUUAAAUUUUCCUUUUGUUUUAAUGAUCUUUUAUGCAGAUAUUUCCAACAAGUGAGAAGAUAGAUAACAUAAAUGACCAGUACUGGACAUUACGGGCCGAAGAGAUUCCUGAAGAAGAGAAAAAUCUAGGCCCGAAUGAUCGUUUGAUUCAUGUGUAUCACUUCACUAAAGAGACUGCACAAAACCAAAUGCAAAUUCAGAAUUUUGGGGAACCUUUUCUCUUGGUUAUCUAUGAGGGUGAGACUUUAGCUCAGGUAAAUGUGCGAAUACUGAAGAAAUUGCAGGUCCCAGAUGAAGAGUUUGCGAAGUGGAAAUUUGCAUUCCUCUCACUUGGCCGCCCUGCGUACCUCGAGGACUCAGAUAUACUGUCCAACCGUUUCCAGCGAAGGGAUGUUUAUGGUGCUUGGGAGCAGUAUCUCGGCUUGGAACAUCCUGACAAUGCCCCUAAAAGGACUCAUGCAUCAUAUCAGGUAAUCUCAAUGUUCGGUUCUUAGACAUGGGCAUACUCU